AGACAACUUAACUGACUGAACCAUCCUGGUGCCCAUCAAGGGAUGCUGAAGCCCAAGGAGGCAGGGGCCUAGCAGAAGCCUUUAGGGUGCAAAGACAGAGGACAUGCCACUGGGCCGGAUGCCAGAGACCAAGGGCUAAGAAGAAGAAACUGACUUGCGUGUGUCUUUGGUGGUGGCUAAUUUUUUUAAGGCUCCCCUAUCAUUGAAACAGAACAGCUGCCUACUCCUUUGUCUCAACUACUUAAUCAGUAUGGUCCCCCUCCCCAAAAUCUCUGUCUGGUGGAUGAAAUCCUGAGCUGAAGAACCAGAAUGAAGAGUGGAGAAUGUAGUCUCCUCGGGUGAUGCCCAGGCUGCCUGUCCUCAACAGCUCCAGCCCAGGGACCGCACCAGAAGAGGCAGGGACAUCAGGCGGUGUCCCCGGAACUGGGAGGUCCUUGUCAAGGGCAAGUUCCUCGGAAGCACCCUGACUCCUCCAGCCUGGGCGGGGUUCGAUGGGACUCAGAGCGGAGAGAGGACCGGGGGAGGGGGGCGGAUCCUGAGGGCGCGAUGUUUCGCACUUGGCCCCCAGCGCGAGGAGCCGCUGUUUACGCCGCUCGCGCGCCAGCGUGGACCGGUCCACCUGCCACCGUGAGAGGCGCGGCGCGGCGGGUCCAUGGCGUCCCCGGGCGGCGGCUCCCUGGGCCUCCUGCUCUGGCUCCUGCUCCUCCAGCCUCGGCUUGGUGGGGCGCAGGGCGGGUCCACAUCGUCCCCACCCUCCUCGGCGCCCACCUCCCCAUCGUCCUCGGGGGGUGGCCGUGAGGGCACCAGUGCAACCGUGUUGGGGGCCGAGGGACAGUCUGCGACCCCGGAGCCCCAAGAGAAUGCCAUACUCUCCCAGCUGUUGGAACUGAUCCCAGGGUGUGGCCACGUCGUUGAGAACACCAGGGGAGGAAAGGAGGCGGAAGAGGGGAAGUGGCCUUGGCAGGUGAGCCUGAGGAUGAACCAGAAACACGUGUGCGGAGGCUCCCUCCUCACAUCGCAGUGGGUGCUGACUGCAGGCCACUGUAUUUUAAGCCCUUUCCGCUACAGUGUCAAGAUGGGAGAUCGGAGCGCCUAUAAGGAAGUCACCAGUGUGGUGAUCCCGGUCAAGAACGUCAUCGUCCAUCCUCAACUCUCGGUAGUUGGAGCCGUUCAAAAUGACCUUGCCCUUCUCCAUCUCCUCUACCCUGUGAACUUCACAGGGACCGUCCAGCCUGUAUGCAUCCCUCAGAAGACUUUCCAAGUGGAAGCUGGGACCACGUGCUGGGUGACCGGAUGGGGCAAAAAAGAACACGAUGGCGACCACAUUACGGGUGUUCUCCAGGAGGUCGACCAAAACAUUAUCCUCCAUGAAAGGUGCAAUGAGAUGGUUCAGGAAGUCAUGGCAACAAAGAAGAACAGAGUCCUGGAGGGGAUGCUCUGUGGCUAUAAAGGAGCUGGAAAGGAUUCUUGUCAGGGAGACUCUGGGGGCCCUCUGGUCUGUAAAUUUAAGGAAACGUGGGUCCAGGUGGGAGUCGUGAGCUGGGGCAUUGGCUGCGGUCGUGGAAAUAUGCCCGGAGUUUAUACAGAUCUUGCUGUCUAUGCGGAGUGGAUAGCCGGAGUGAUUAAUCAGGCCUCCUUUUUGUAUCCGGUGGUGUUCCUCAUCCCACUUCUGUGCCUGGUGCUGCCCCUGGGCAUCCUGGUGGCCCCGUGAUCACCCAGGCUCACCCCCCCUCCUAUUUCUGAGUCUCACACCGGGUCUCUCCUCCAACCUCCCACUCCUGCUCAAAUGCCCUUUCCUCCAGUUCUGGUUGGCAUCCCCUGACCCUGUAGAGAGCCACACAGUAGGAACUGGCAGCAAGGCUGGAGCCCCGAAAGCAUCCCAGCCUGAUGC